GACGUAUCGUGCAAUAUGAAACGCCUUCCCCCAUGUAAUAUGGGUAUACUCUGUCUCCUGUAUUACAGCAGCUCAUGUGAAUGACGAACUGGCGGGGGAAAUUAGUGUCAGUGGUGUCAGUGCCAGUUGAUGCUGAGGGUAGAGUGUCUGUCAGUGUUGAGUUUCGACCAGAAUUUUUUUUCUUCAUUAUUGUAUCCAAUUCAGAACACAGAGGCAAUGGAGAUGAUUGCCAUGGGGUACCAAGACAUCGAGAAGAGAAUACUGAAGAAUUUGGAGACCGGGGGAAUAUCACAUCGAGCAAAAGCAAGUGCAGGACUAUGGCUGGGGCCUCUGAUGGGCCUCAGUGCCCUUGCCACAAUACUCAGGGAAGACAACAGCUAUUCAGAAGUAUGUCUACUCGUUGGACUGACUGGAGUGGGAUUAAUAAUAAGCACAGUCUGUCUCUUUGUACAACUGAUAAUUGAUAAAUCACCGAGCAGAGAUUUCCAAAUAAUCUAUUUUUUACCAGCGAGUAUUACGUCAAUGUUGUAUUUACUCGGGGCAAAUAAAGGGUUGCUGACGAGUGUUUUCUGGGGCCUGGGGACUGGCUCUCUGGGGACGUGGGGAGUUCUCCAGUUGAUGUCGUAUUUUUCGAGAUGUUUUACCCUGGGUGAAGCUGUCAUUGUAACACAUGGAAUUAUUUUAUUUUUACUGUCAGCGGGGUCGAAUCUACCCCUCAGAUAUCAUCUACCUCCUCUCCAUGACGAUGACAUAGCGACGACUAUUCUCCAGGUGGGGAUAAUCUUCGUCGGAGUCUGCUGCCUUCUCCCCGGACUAUUUCCAAAAAUUCGACAGAAAAAUUUAUUUUACUCGACAGCAUUGGGAUUAUUGAUCCUCGGGGUUGUCCCAGCAUUGCACAUAUUACUGGACCAAAGUCCCCUCCUGUGGAUGAUUUCGUAUAUUUUUGGGGGCUGGAGAAGGGUUGUGAUGAUAGUUUAUUGGGCAGUCUGUCUGAUUUUAGGAGCUGGUCUUCUAUCACAUCAGAUACAGUCCGAUACACAUGCCAAUACAGUCAAGAGAAAAGGAUUUCAUAUAUUAGCUGUACUUGUAUACAUUCCUGGAUUGCUGUGGGAGCCGACGUUGCUUUAUUUGGCGAGUGGAGUCGUAAUGGGUGUUUUUGUCAUGAUGGAGCUCAUGAGACUGUUGAAAUUGCCACCGUUGGGCGACAUUCUCCAACUAGGAUUCUCCGUCUUCGCAGACGAGAAGGACCACUUGAUUUCGUUGACCCCCUUGUACCUCCUGAGUGGACUAUCCUUUCCCCUGUGGAUGCCGACGAGCAAUCUCGAGAUUCUGCCCCUCCUGAGCGGCGUUUUAACUAUUGGAAUUGGCGAUUCAGCUGCCAGUAUAGUCGGUACAAGGUGGGGUAAAACAAAGUGGCCAGGAUCUGACAAAUCCCUCGAGGGAACAGUCGCCUGUGCCCUCAGUCAACUGACAGUUGUCUAUGGGCUAGCACUACUGGGAUUCAUUCCCCAAUACAUUAUCCUCGUCAGAAGCACACUGUCAAUAAUUGCAGUUUCUUUUAUCGAAGCUCGCACGGACCAAGUUGACAAUCUCCCAUUGCCAAUUAUUCUCUACACAUGUCUCGUUAUUUAAUUUGCUUCGUACAUUCGAUGUGAACAUUCGCUAAAAGUCUGAUAACCACGUUUAGGCUUUAAACUCAAUGGUUCAAUUGUGAUCAUUAAGUUGUUAUUAACAUUUUAUGAGUUGAGCAAUGGACAUGAUUUAUUCAAGCUCGUCUGAUGUCUCGAACAGUGUUGAACAGAAUGAUAAUUCAACUGCUUUUUGGGAUUCCAGAGAGGUGAAAAAUCCUAAAGCUAAUUCUGUUACUUCUCAGUCAUUGUUCCUGUUGAAACAUUCAAUUUUUACGUACUAUUGUUGUUGCUAGCUAAUCACUGAUUCAAAUCAAUCGACAAGCAGAUCUCAAUGGCAUUGAGACGAUUACUGCAUUCCCAUUCGAUAUAUUUUUUAUGUGACUUGAUACUUUUGAUGUUGUUAUAUUGAUCUUGAAAGAUUGAAUAAAAGUAUUUUUCUACGUGAA